AUAUUUUUUUUUUACUUAACACUAGUUUUUCUCCACUAGGUAUCUUUGAAAAAUUCUCCAAUCCUACUUUGGGAUUUGAUUCUACUAUUGUUAAUCUUCAAGAAAAUAAGGGAAAUUUGCCGACUUUGGGAUUCUCUGGGAUCAUCGUUUGCAUGUUCUUGUUGGUUAUUGCAGAUUUAACUCACUCACUGGUAAGGCGGUUUCAGAAGAUGGGACACGCUUGUGAUUUCUGCGGGGAGGACAAACCAGUUGUGUAUUGCCGGUCUGAUGCUGCUUCUUUGUGUUUGUCCUGUGACCGACACGUCCACUCUGCAAACUCCCUGUCUAGACGACAUUCCAGGACAUUGUUAUGCGACAGAUGUAGCUCACAACCUGCUUCUGUUAGAUGUGUGGAAGAAAAGGCCUCUCUUUGUCAUAGAUGUGAUCUGUCUUGUCAUGGAGCCUCUUUCUCUGCUUCUGCUUCUUCCGGGCAUAAGAGGCAAACCAUCAGUUCUUACUCGGGCUGUCCUUCUUCCGCUGAACUCACAUCCAUCUGGUCAUCUGUUUGGACUGUUCCGGCUUUGGCCGAGGGUUCCACCUUGGAGAAACCACUGGUUAUGAUGCGUUCGACGGAGAAGAACAGCGCAUUACAUUCACAGUGUUCUUCAAUUCCAGAAACUAGUGUCCUGUCUGAUAAUCUGGAUCUGCUUAUUGGAACAGACGCAUCUGCAAAUCUACCGCAUCCCGGGAUUGAUGAUCUUGGACUUUCCAGGGACUGCGUGUAUGAAGAUCUCAAUCUCGGUGAAUUAGACUUUGCUCUGGAGAACUUCGACUCGUUGUUUGGUGAGGCUCUUAAUGACUCCGACACCAUUUUAGGGGAAGGAGACUUGUCUGCAACUAAUCCCAACGGUCAGGACAUAUUUGCAGCAGAGGAGGUAUCGGUCAGAUCUGCCAAUUCAAACCAGUUUUCUUGCAACAAUAUGGCAACUGCAGACUCUGUUUUGAGCAACAAAACAGAACCGGCAAUCUGUUUCACGUCAAGACAAGCUCAUUCAAGCCUGUCAUUUUCUGGCAUAAGUGCAGAUACCAAUAGUACUCUGGAUAACCAAGAUUGUGGUGCCUCUCCAGCUAUGAUUCUUACAGGAGAGCCUCUUUUCACCGAGGGUUUGUUACAGAAGAGCCGUAUUGAUGCUGUUAUGCGUUAUAGAGAGAAGAAGAAGACCCGGAAGUUUGAGAAGCGAGUGAGGUAUGCUUCUCGGAAAGAGCGGGCUGAUGUUAGAAGACGGGUAAAAGGGCGUUUCAUUAAAGCUGGCGAGGCUUACGACUACGACCCUAAGGAGCGGCCGUAAAGAAACUACAUUGCCGCACAGGUGAACAGCCAUUACUCAGGAGAAGCGUAUAAUACUUGUACAUAUAUAUAUAUAUAUGUUAUCUUACGGCGAAUGAUGAGUCUGCACAUCAUGGAGCAGAUUUUGGCAGAAACAAAAACAAAGCUUGAGCAUUUGAUCUUCCGCAGUUCCUAUUCUUCUGCUGCUGCCAUGGUUUCUUCCG